AUGGCGCAAGCAAAGAAUAUCGAUACCACUGUGGCGCUGCCACGACUCGAAGACCUUCUACGGCACCCGGAAGAUCUAGACAAGAUCAGCGGACUGAAAGCGGAAUACCUGCGGAAGAAGGCGGCCGUGGAUUCACAACUGCGAGAAGGGCUUCGCGACCAGCUGGAGGCAGUGCAACGCAGCAUCGGUGCAUUGACUGAGGGACAGCGCCAGGUUUCGAAAACAAAAGACGAGCUGCAAGGCAUCGACAAGCUAUGCGCGGAGUCACAGGAUAGCGUCGAGGACUUUGCGCAGAUUGACCAGCUUGCGCGGAUUCAGCGGCAAUUUGAUGCCACGAUUAUGAUGAAACGGGGGUUGGAGAACUUCGGGGCGGAUAUACAGGAAGUGGAGGAUUUGCUGAAAGAGGAUGAUGAUGAUCUGGAGAAUCAGCCGAACCUACUACGGGCUCACAUGCAGAUCUCGCGGUUACGGGAUUUCCGUGAUGAGGCUAUGGACCAGAUUCACAAGGCUCAUGAUCACAGUGCCGAAGAGACUCUCGCGCAGUAUUUCGAGGGGCUGGAUUCUGUUAUUGAGUGGUUUGACGAUCACCUUGGCACGGCUUGCAUGAAUCUCAUCCCACUGGUGCAGGCGGAUAAUCGGAGCAUGGUUGUUCGACUCGCGGUUGUUGUGAUGAAUGAGGAAAAGAAUGAUGAUACGGUUCGUGCGUUGCAGGAGGCUCAGAAAGACCACAUGGAUCUUGCAAGUCGUUUCAAGUCUAUGAACAUUGGGCCGAAGACCGUGCGUGGAUAUAAGGACAAGUUCAUUCAGGCUAUCGAGUUGUAUGCUCAGGGUCAAUUCGAAGAGACACUUGAAGCCUUCCUUGCGGAUCCGGAAAAUCUGGAAAAGAAAUUCCGUUGGUACUUCAAUGAUCUCUUCACGGUCAAGCAAGGCAUGCAGAACCUUGUACCGAAGAAGUGGAAGAUUUUCAAAACAUACACAGACAUCUACCAUCGGAUGAUGCACGACUUUUUAAUCACCAUGAUCGACGACCCUGAACUCCCAGCCGACAACCUCCUCACCAUCAUCCAUUGGAGCGACAAGUACUACAAAAAGAUGAAGAAGCUAGGCUGGACAGCAGCAGAACUGCAACCCAACAUUCUCGACGACCGCGAGCCAGAACUGGUCCGAAAAUGGCAGAGCGUCAUCAUCGGCGCUGUCGAGGACUGGAUGGAACGCAUCUUUAACGCGGACAAAAAGGCACUCAUCGACCGGGAUGCAGAUGCCCUCGACAACGACGCAGACGGCAACUUCCGCACCAAGACAUUGCCAGAUAUGUGGCGCAUGCUCCACGAACAAGUCAUGGCAUCUGGUUCCUCAGACCGUGCCGACCUGGUCGAGGGUGUGAUUGACGCGAUGUUCCGGGCCCUGAAGAACCGACAGAGCGCAUGGCAAGCGCUCAUUGACGAAGAAUGUGCGAAGCACACGUCCGGCAACGCCGACCCAGAAGGCGUCCAGCUGCUACAGGACUGGCUGGUAGGUGUAGCCAAUGACCAGAUCUCCUGCAUCGACGACAACGAAGAGACUGGCCAGUACGGCUACCUCACGAGAUUCAAGGCCGAUUUCGAGCCACUUGUAACACCGAAGUACAUGGCGACGACUGCGAUGACCGAGCUGGAUGUGCUUCGCGAUGGGUAUGUGGAUCUCAGCACGCACUGCCUGGCGCAGUUCGUGAAUAUCGUCUUCUGCAUUGAUCUCGUCACUGUGCUACCGGAGAUCUUUACUGCGCAGUGGUACCACCAGUUUGCUAUGAAGCGCAUUACCUCUACCUUUGAGGACUACUUAUCUGACUACACGCCCGUGCUGCACCCGUCACUGCCAGAGAUCCUGGUCGAGGAGUUUUCAGAUGAGCUAUUGGUGCGUUACCUGGGCGCGGUGCGUAACAAGGGUGUCAAAUUCCGCCACAGUGCCGAGCCAUUCACGGAGAAGUUCAAGGAUGACGUCCUUACUGUUUUCGCGUUCUUCCAGCAAUAUCCUGAUUCAUUCGAGGGUACUAUCAAGCAGAAGUGGAGACUGGUUGAUUGGCUUGUUCGUCUCCUUGAUACGGAGAAGGGUCCCCCACUUGUGGGCGUUUAUGAGGCAUUCAAGCUGGAGUAUUGGGAUCUGCAGCUUUCGUGGGUCGAGGCUGUCCUACGCACUCGUGAAGACUUUGAGCGCAGUAUGCUCACCCAGAUUAAGGCCAAGGCUGCGGAGUUGUCUGUUGAACGCGGACAGGAGACUAUCAUGAGUCGAGUAAGAUGA